AUGGGUGGAGGAGCAUCCCGGGAGCUGCGGCCCAUUGCAAAUGCUACGCUGGAAGCCGUUGCGUAUAACGCCAUUGCAUUUAAGCCCUUGCACUUAACGCCGUCGCGUCCGUCUAAAGCUGUUGCGCUUAAAGCUCUUGCAUCCAACACCGUUGCAUUUCAAGCCGUCGCGCUUAACGCCGUUGCAGUUAAAGCCCUUGCACCCGGACCCAAAAGUUUUUCAUUCUCGCCGGGGAAGGGUCCGCUUUCGGAGCCCCCUUUCACCGCCCGGUCCCCCAAACAGAUCAAAAUCGAGUCUUCUGGUGCUAUCACCGUGGUGUCGACCACGUGCUUUUACUCUGAGGAAAGCCAAAACCCGGACGCGGAUGACGCCGACGGGACGCCCACCAAGGACGAGGUGCCGCUGACGCCCACCCUGAGCGGCUUUUUGGAAUCACCGCUGAAAUACCUGGACACGCCAACCAAAAGCCUCCUGGACACCCCGGCCAAGCGGGCGCAAGCGGAGUUCCCCACCUGCGACUGCGUUGAGCAAAUUGUGGAGAAGGACGAGGGGCCGUAUUACACCCACCUGGGCUCGGGACCCACCGUGGCGUCCAUCAGGGAGCUCAUGGAGGAACGGUACGGCGAGAAGGGCAAGGCCAUCCGCAUCGAGAAGGUCAUCUACACGGGGAAGGAGGGGAAGAGCUCCCGGGGCUGCCCCAUCGCCAAGUGGGUGAUCCGGAGACACAACCAAGAGGAGAAACUGCUGUGCCUGGUGCGGCACCGGGCCGGCCACCACUGCCAGAACGCCGUCAUCAUCAUCCUGAUCCUGGCCUGGGAGGGCAUCCCCCGCACGCUGGGCGACACGCUGUACCAGGAGCUCACCGACACCCUCACCAAGUACGGCAACCCCACCAGCCGCCGCUGCGGCUUGAACGACGACCGGACCUGCGCAUGCCAAGGCAAGGACCCCAACACCUGCGGCGCUUCCUUCUCCUUCGGCUGCUCUUGGAGCAUGUAUUUUAAUGGCUGCAAAUACGCCCGGAGCAAAACUCCCCGCAAGUUCAGGCUGGUGGGGGACAAUCCCAAAGAGGAAGAGCUGCUCCGGAAAAGCUUUCAGGACUUGGCCACUGAGGUUGCUCCGCUUUACAAGAGGCUGGCGCCGCAAGCCUACCAAAACCAGGUUACCAACGAGGACGUAGCGAUAGACUGCCGGCUGGGCUUGAAGGAGGGGAGGCCGUUCUCGGGAGUGACGGCGUGCAUGGACUUCUGCGCUCAUGCUCACAAAGAUCAGCAUAACCUCUACAACGGCUGCACGGUGGUCUGCACGCUGACAAAGGAAGACAAUCGCGUGGUGGGGAAAAUCCCUGAAGAUGAGCAGCUGCACGUCCUCCCCCUCUACAAGAUGUCCAGCACGGAUGAAUUUGGCAGCGAGGAGAACCAAAACGCCAAGGUGGGCAGCGGGGCCAUCCAGGUGCUCACGUCCUUCCCCCGUGAGGUCCGCAAGCUGCCUGAGCCUGCCAAGUCCUGCCGGCAGAGGCAGCUGGAAGCGAAGAAAGCUGCCGCGGAGAAGAAGAAGCUGCAGAAAGAGAAGUUGAUGACGCCGGAGAAGAUCAAGCAGGAAGCGCUCGAGCUCCCCACCCUCCAGCAAAAUGCAGGUAUGGCGUUGAAAAGCGGGCUGCCCCCGCAGCCGCUGAAACCUUCCAUCAAGGUGGAGCCGCAGAGCCAUUACAACGCCUUCAAGUACAACGGCAACGCGGUGGUGGAGAGCUACUCGGUGCUGGGGAGCUGCCGGCCCUCCGACCCGUACAGCAUGAACAGUGUUUACUCUUACCAUUCCUACUAUGCACAGCCCAAUCUGCCUUCCGUGAACGGGUUUCACUCCAAGUUCGCGCUUCCCUCCUUCGGGUAUUACGGCUUUUCCAGCAACCACGUGUUCCCCUCGCAGUUUCUGAAUUACGGGGCGCCCGAGAGGAGCGGAAGCAGCUGGGUGAGCAACGGCUACGAGAAGAAGCCCGACGUCCCGGCGUUGCAGGAGAACCUCAACCACGCCUACGGGAACGCCGAUUUCCCCGAGCCCAUCCCGCACAGCGUCCGGAGCAAAACCCACCACCAGCGCACCUACGAGCGGGCUAACCGCUAUGCCAGCCAGCAGAAAGUGACGGGCCCCUACAGCCGCUGGAUCUGA